UGGCAGGUGUAUACCGGAAGUGAAGGCAGUACCUAGCUGAAGUUGCUUUACCUGCGACAGGUGAGAGAGAAGUUAAAAAUACUCAGCGUCUCCAACCCUCGCAAAACAAAGUCCACUUUCGGUAAAAAAUGAAUAACCCCAUUCCAUCCAACCUAAAAUCUGAAGCUAAGAAGGCUGCUAAAAUCCUCCGGGAAUUCACGGAGAUUAGCAACAGAGAAGGCCCUGACAAGCUUAUUCCAGCUCAUGUUAUUGCCAAAGCACAAGGACUAGCAAUCUUAUCAGUCAUCAAAGCAGGAUUCAUGAUCACUGCUCGAGGGGGAAGCGGGAUAGUGAUUGCUCGUCUUGCUGAUGGAAGUUGGUCCGCUCCCUCAGCCAUUGGCAUUGCCGGUCUUGGUGGAGGCUUUGAGAUUGGGUUGGAGGCAUCUGAUUUUGUCAUCAUCUUGAAUCAGCAACGAGCAGUGGAGGCUUUCAGCAAAGGGGGAAACCUCACAUUUGGAGGGAAUUUCACUGUGGCUGUUGGGCCACUUGGCAGGAAUUUGGAGGCAGAUGUGGCAUUCCGCAGCACAGCACCAAUCUUUUCAUACUGCAAAUCACGGGGCCUCUACGCUGGAGUUUCCCUUGUUGGCUCCUAUUUGAUGGAACGUAAAGAGGCUAACAGAAAGUUCUAUUCCCAAGACAUUCGUGCAUCUUCAAUUCUCAAUGGUGAUGUGGAGCCACCUCCAGAAGCCUAUGACCUGUAUGCCAUUUUGGAGGACUACACUGAAAAAUACACCACUGAUUGGCAAAGCAAGUAUAUGAAUCCUAAUAAGAAGAGUGUAGUCCCAAGUAGACCAGCGCCCCCAGUCCAGAGAUCAGCUUCUUCCUCCACUCCAAGGGCUGAAGCUUCUUUUGCAGAAUCAAGGCCAGCUCUCUAUCCCAGCCUUUCUAACGUAGAGUCUGAAGGCACAGAAGACAAAGCAUCAGGUGGUGCUGUUGUAGUGACGGCCAUGCAUGCAUUCAAUGGGCAGCAGCCUGGUGAUUUGAGCUUUGCUGUGGGUGAUCGCAUCACUGUCAUUACAAAGACCGACUCACAGUAUGACUGGUGGGAGGGAGAGCUGAGAGGACAGGUGGGCAUUUUUCCGGCUAACUUCGUCUCCCUUAACUGAACACACAGAGGGCUUCAGGAGUUAAGGAUCCCUGUUUGGAAGACUCCGUCAAGGUUUUUUUUUUUUUUUUGGUUGUGUUUUUUUUUUUAUUUAAUAAACUGGGAUUGCUGACAUACUUGAUUAUUCUUGCAUAAUCUUGUGCAGUAGUGAUAUAUUGUUAAUGUUUGAGACACAUCUUAAUUGUUGGUUACUGUAUAAAGAAUUAAGCAGGUCAUAUUUGGGUUGGUUAUUAUGGGUCAUGGUUGUGUUGUAUUGAAUUACAGGGUUUAUUUAAAUAUAUUUAGCAAUGCACUUAUCAGUCUGAAGCUAACAUAACUUAAGUGAGCUGAGCUUAUGCCAGCUGCUAGUGUUUUUAGGAGUAUUAAGCGAAAUUUUGUGCACUUGUUACUUUAAAAUACUUUAUACUUUAUGCAUUUACUCUCAGAAUAUUUUAAAUUGUAUUUGUUCUCAUAUCAGCUACUGGACAAUGAAGAGCACACAAUGUACAAAAAAUACUCUUAUAUUAAGAUAUACUUAUUUUUUUUUCUUCCUUUUCUUAGCACAUUAGCUUUACCACAUGUGCCUUUAUGAGAGAUCAGAUUACAUUGGCAAAAUGGAUGGAUGUUAUUGUAUUACAAAUCAAAUGCAAAUUUUUUUUAUACUAAUUUUUGUAUGGGUGGCUCUAAUAAAUGAGGCAUUUAAAGCCUUUGAUCAUUUGGCAAUAA